GCUGCGCCCGCGCAACCGGAAGUGGUCGGACCCUAGGCGGAGGGACCUGGCGGAGCGGAAGUCACUCCGUGAGGCGGUGGUGACGGCGGCGGCGAGAGGAUGAACAACAAGUUCGACGCAUUGAAAGAUGACGACAGUGGGGACCAUGAUCAGAACGAAGAAAACAGCGCACAGAAAGACGGUGAGAAGGAAAAAACGGAGCGGGACAGGAGUCAGAGCGGCGGCAAGAGGAAGGCUGUUGUCCCUGGGCCAGCAGAGCACCCCCUGCAGUAUAACUACACUUUCUGGUACUCCAGGAGAACCCCUGGCCGCCCCACCAGCUCACAGAGCUACGAGCAGAAUGUCAAACAGAUUGGCACCUUUGCCUCUGUGGAGCAGUUCUGGAGGUUUUACAGCCACAUGGUACGUCCCGGGGACCUGACGGGCCACAGUGACUUCCAUCUCUUCAAAGAAGGAAUUAAACCCAUGUGGGAGGAUGAUGCAAAUAAAAAUGGUGGCAAGUGGAUUAUUCGGCUGCGGAAGGGCUUGGCAUCCCGUUGCUGGGAGAAUCUCAUCCUGGCCAUGUUGGGGGAACAGUUCAUGGUUGGGGAGGAGAUCUGUGGGGCUGUGGUCUCUGUCCGGUUUCAGGAGGACAUUAUUUCAAUAUGGAAUAAGACGGCCAGCGACCAAGCCACCACAGCCCGCAUCCGGGACACGCUCCGGCGAGUGCUUAACCUACCUCCCAACACCAUCAUGGAGUACAAAACCCACACCGACAGCAUCAAGUACGCUGGACCUGAGCCGCCAGCUGCCACCCGCCUGCUUCAGCCUGUCAUUGUCAGGGGCCUGUUGCCCGCCCUCACUGCGCUUUGUUUUUCUUAUAUCAGACUGUGGAAAACCUCAGCUGGAUUCUCCUGGCUCUGUUACUCUGUCCCUCCCCACUUCCAUAUUACAAAUAAACCUUAGAUUGAUGCUGACUUCUUAGAGAUUUCUGACUCUGAAGAGAUCUGCGGCAACAGAAUUAGAAUAAAUAUCCCAUAUCUUAGUGGGAAGGUGUUAUGGAGCCUUUCAGCUUACCUGCCACCGGGAGGGUUGGUUCUGGCCCAGCCCCAGCACAGUGCAGGAGUUCUCCGGAACGUAGGUGGCCUGCGAAUGGUGGUGAUUAAUCCUAAAGAUUCUCUUCUUUACAUCACUAAACAGCAGCAAGGGCCGAGUCCGGAUAUUUGCCUGCCAUCUCGCUUACUCCAGAUAAGACAGAUAAUUCUCCCACAGUCAGAAGGUUCUCUGACUCUCCCUUCCCACACCCCUGGCUUUCUAGUCUCCCUGCUGAUUGACUUUUGUGAUCCAGUUGAUCUGUGGGGACAGAGAUGGCAUCGGAGGGGAAGGAGGAAGCAGCAAAUCCUCCUUCGUAACCACUUCGUUGUUAAUAGAGGAGUCCCCCGUCGUGCAGACUCUAUCACGGCCCAGCGUCCCUAAGGGGACUCAAAUAGCCCACCUCGGUUAUACCCGCUUUUCUCUGUCUUAUGAUCAGAUGCAUUCUUAUUCUUUGCUAGCUUCUUGCGGCCCCUCAGUGGGGUCUGCCCUUCUGAAAGGCCCUUUAAAAAGAUGAUUACCCCGCUGAGUUCUCUUUGUGUUCAGUCUUCAUCUCCUUAGAUGGAAAUCAUUGAAAUUCUCAGUAGCAUUGAUCAUUGAGCUGCAUGGUCAUGCAUGUCCGUUACAAAAAUACCAGUGGGCUUUUGAGGUAACAUCAGUUCCUUCCCAGCCAGAGUUCACCCACGCCAGCUCCAUCCAGUUUCCCUCUCAGUGUACUUGUCCGCAGUUAUUCUCUGUGUAGUGAGGGCUGUGAGUUACUGUCAGCCUGCUACCAUCAUGGAGGAGAAUCUGUUAGCCAACAGCAGGAGAAAACUGCUGUUUGGCUGGGCUGAGCAUAUUCCUUGGGCAGUAUUAAUUCACUCGGGACCAACUGCCAGAUACCCAAUCAGUUGUAGCAAUUUUAAGACAGGUCAGUUAAAACCAAAGCUUCUAGAAUGUUCCAUUAAAAGUAAAUGGAAGAAAUCAUUCCAAAAUCAGGUUAAUGAGAAUUUCUGUCUCAAAAUUUCAGACAAAUUUAAGUCUGAAGCACUGGGCCAGAGCAGUAGAUGCUCUGGCAGUGACCUUUAAAGCCCCUUCCAGCCCUGAGACUUGGGGAUUAAAAUGGCGACGCGAACUGCUAAGGUGUUGUUGGAUUUCUAGGCUGGAACAGGAGAGGUACUAGUGGGAGGCCAAACCUGUCUGCAUCCAAUAGGAGGCAACUAAGAAGACAUCACAAGAUCU